AUGGGCUGCUGUGGUUGUGGAAGUUGUGGCGGCUGCGGUGGCGGCUGUGGUGGUGGCUGCGGUGGUGGCUGCGGCAGCCGCCCAACGUGCAGAUGCUGCCGGGUCGGCUGCUGCACCAGCUGCUGCCCCUGCUGCUACGGCUGCUGUGGGGGCUGCUGCAACGUCCCCGUGGUCUGCUGCUGCCGCCGCACCUGUAGCUGCAACCCGUGUGGCUGCGGCUGUGGGAAGGGCUGUUGCCAGCAGAAGGGCUGUUGCCAGCAGAAGGGCUGCUGCAAGAAGCAAUGCUGCUGCUAG